GAAAUACGUCACUUUUCACAGGUGACGUGGCCGCCAGAGGAUCCUUCCCCGUGGUCAGAAAGCUCCUGUGUCCUGAGUUCCCCCAGUCAAUAGACAUACCUGUCUCCUGCGUUAACAUUUACCUGCGCCAGGAAACAAAGAGCCAGCCGGGCUGCAGCAGCUGGUUUGUGGUUUUAGCGCCUUGACGGUUAAAUCAGCUGCUUCACCUGAUCGGCCAUGGAGACUCAUGGGAACUCCAAUAAGAAGCAGAAGCUUAGCAACACCAUCGAGAACUGGGGAAUGCAACGUGCAACUAAUGUCACCUACCAAGCCCACCAUGUAAGCCGGAACAAGCGUGGGCAGGUUGUGGGCACACGAGGAGGGUUCAGAGGAUGCACCGUCUGGCUGACUGGCCUGUCUGGUGCAGGGAAGACGACGGUGAGCAUGGCUCUGGAGGAGUACCUGGUGUGUCACGGCAUCCCCUGCUACACGCUGGACGGAGACAACAUCCGCCAGGGGCUGAACAAGAACCUGGGCUUCAGCCCCGAGGACCGCGAGGAGAACAUCCGCCGCAUCGCCGAGGUGGCGCGGCUCUUUGCAGAUGCGGGUCUGGUCUGCCUCGCCAGCUUCAUCUCCCCGUACAGCAGGGAUCGGCUGAAUGCCAGGAAGAUCCACGAGGCGGCAGGGUUACCGUUCUUUGAGGUUUUUGUGGAUGCGCCGCUGGACGUGUGUGAGCAGCGGGACGUGAAGGGACUUUACAAGAAGGCCAGAGCGGGGGAGAUAAGAGGUUUCACUGGAAUCGACUCCGAGUACGAGAAGCCGGAGGCUCCGGAGCUGGUGCUGAAGACCGACUCGUGCAGCGUCAACGAGUGCAUCCAGCAGCUGGUCGACCUGCUGCAGGAGCGGGACAUCGUUCCUGUUGACGCCUCCUAUGAGGUGAAGGAGCUCUAUGUUCAGGAGAACAAGCUGGACCUGGCCAAGGCCGACGCAGAGACUCUCCCUGCUGUCCAGAUUGGAAAGUUGGACAUGCAGUGGGUGCAGGUGUUGGCCGAAGGCUGGGCCACGCCUCUGAACGGCUUCAUGAGGGAGAGGGAGUACCUGCAGUGUCUUCACUUCGACUGUCUGCUGGACGGUGGUGUGAUUAACCUGUCGGUGCCCAUUGUGCUGCCGGUGUCCACGGCGGAUAAGGAGCGUCUGGACGGCGUGACGGCCAUGGCGCUGGUCUAUAACGGCCGACGCGUCGCCAUCCUCCGUAACCCGGAGUUUUACCAGCACUGGAAGGAGGAGCGCUGCGCCCGGCAGUGGGGCACCACCUGCAAAGACCACCCGUACAUCAAGAUGGUGAUGGAAAGUGGCGACUGGCUGGUUGGCGGAGACCUGCAGGUUCUGGACCGGAUCUACUGGAACGACGGUCUGGACCAGUACCGGCUGACUCCCAACGAGCUCAAACAGAAGUUUAAAGAAAUGAACGCAGACGCGGUGUUCGCCUUCCAGCUCCGGAACCCAGUCCAUAACGGCCACGCCCUGCUCAUGCAGGACACCCAGAAACGGCUGGUGGAGCGCGGAUACCGCCGGCCCGUCCUGCUGCUCCACCCGCUGGGAGGCUGGACCAAAGACGACGACGUGCCACUGCCGUGGCGGAUGAAGCAGCACGCCGCCGUGCUGGAGGAGCGCGUGCUGGAUCCGGACUCCACCAUCGUUGCCAUUUUCCCGUCUCCCAUGAUGUACGCGGGACCGACUGAGGUUCAGUGGCAUUGUCGAGCCCGUAUGGUUGCCGGCGCCAACUUCUACAUCGUGGGUCGCGACCCUGCAGGCAUGCCCCACCCGGCCACGGGGAAGGACCUGUACGAGCCGAGCCACGGAGCCAAGGUCCUCACCAUGGCGCCGGGCCUCGUCUCCCUGGAGAUCGUUCCCUUCAAGGUCGCUGCAUACAACAAGGUCAAAGGAGCCAUGGACUUCUAUGAGCCCAAGAACCAUCAGGAUUAUGAUUUCAUCUCAGGCACGCGCAUGCGGAGGAUGGCGCGCCAAGGGGAGAACCCCCCCGACGGCUUCAUGGUCCUGAAAGCCUGGGCCGUUCUUAAGGAGUACUACCAGUCCCUGGAGAAGGCCUAACCGGAAAACCAGGAAACGCCGGAUCUUAUUCUGUCUGACAUGAGAAACGCCGGGACCGCUCAGUUUUAUAAAGAAACUUCACGCUGGCUUUUAUCCGUCUCACUUCCUGUCAUGAAAGUUGCUUUUAGUGCCGUUACAUUUGUGUUUUUAGCCAUGUGCUUUAUUUACUCUUUGGAUUUCUCCUUUUCCAGCUGAACAUUCAGAUUAACGUGUAAUAAAGUAGAUUAUCUGCAGAUCUAAAGAUGGCGACAGCUCGGUGCUGUUGAUCAGUACCUGAACACGUUUGGAGCGGUUCUGUUCCGGAAGCCGCAGUAAAAGUCGAGUGCCUUGGUCUUUCACAUAAUGUCAUGUUGGGAUCACUAAUUCUUUGUAUCGUUACACAGAAAAGCUCCUGUUAACUCAGUAUUUUCUUUUAAAUGUAUUUAUUCUCGUUUUAACCGGGUGGUGCAUGGUAGUCGUCGUACUUUAAGUUUUUUUUUUUUUACAUCCUUUCAUUUUCUUUUCUACCUCCAGCAGCUCGUCUUUUUCUUGUGGUAAAUAAUUUUUUAAAUAUCAGUUAGGAUCACGUUUGUUAUCUUCCCUGACUAAUAAAUCAUUUUUAGAGAAAAAAAA